ACCUUGUGGUCCUAUGUCAUUAGCUGACAUCCAAAUACCACUCCCAAGUUCGACACUUAAUUCUCGCGAUCUUUGAUAUUGAGACGCUGCCAGCUAGCCGGGGGGUUGACAAACGACAUGAUACUUGUGUGUGUGUAGAAAUGGCUGAAGCUUCCACACCACCUUGCCGGUUUUUCUGUCACCGGUGUGCAACAGAAAUCAGACCGCGUUUACCGGACUUCAUCUGCCCACACUGUGAGUCAGGAUUCAUUGAGGAAUUAGCAGAUGAACCAAGAAGUGAAGGUAACUCCCCAUCUACAUCCUCUACAAGUGAUCAGGCAGGGGCAGCCUUUGAGAAUGUGUAUCACCACCAGCACCUGUUGACCUUUCCCUCCGGGUACAGUCCGUUCACUGUUGGGAUUUUCAAUGACAACUUUGAACUCAGAACUUGGCUACCCACAGAAGACAAUAACAGAGAGACAGAAAUAAGGCAAGAACAAGAAAUGCCGUCGCUGCAACGAAACGAUGCCCAACCGCGGAGUCGACACGUGCCUUGGCGGCAGGGUACGCGCCACGAGGGAGUUCCCACGUUGGAGGGAAUUAUCCAGCAGCUAGUUAAUGGAAUCAUAGCACCAACAGCCAUACCGAAUAUUGGAAUGGCACCAUGGGGUAUGCUUCAUUCUAACCCAAUGGACUAUGCCUGGGGUGCCAAUGGACUGGAUGCUAUCGUAACACAGCUACUGAAUCAGUUUGAAAACACGGGUCCUCCACCUGCAGAUAGGGAAAGGAUAAAAAGUUUGCCGUCCAUCUCCGUCACAGAGGAACAUGUGGGCGCUGGUUUAGAGUGCCCUGUGUGCAAAGAAGACUACAGUGUCGGGGAAAGGGUCAGGCAGCUUCCAUGCAAUCAUUUGUUUCACAAUGACUGUAUAGUGCCAUGGCUGGAACAGCAUGAUACGUGCCCCGUGUGCAGGAAGAGUCUUAAUGGGCUGAACACAGCCACAAACCCACCAGGUUUAUCAGGGAUGAACUUCUCUCCCUCCUCGUCGUCCUCAUCCUCCUCAACCUCAUCUACCAAUGAGAAUGCCACUAACAACUCAUAGAUUCUGAUAGAACUGUAUAUCUGGAAACACUGCAGUGAGACUUUUAGGUCUUUUUUUUUUACAAGCACAGCUGCCAGUCUUAAUUCUAAGGGACGUAUGAGAGUUCCUCGCAGGCUUCUUACUCCUCAUUCCUGACCUGCUGCUGGGUCCAACUCCUCCUCUUCCAGCUGCUGCAGUUGAACCGAGGACACUCAUAUACAAGGUACCACUGGAGGAUCCACAACAAUAAAAAUAGGAUCAGCCACAAGGUUAGCAGGACACAUUUUCUAUUUAAAAGUCAAAAUGCUCUUUUUAAACGUCGCCUGUGGUGGUGCAGAUGCGUAGAUUAUCUAGUUCAUAUCUCAUGAAUGCUGAACCACUGCGCAGCAAAUGGAUCCAAUUUUGUAUUUGCUUCUGAAUUUUAUUUGCACUUGUUUUAAAAAUUUGCACACUUUUAUAUUCUUGUGAACGUGUUGGUUGAACUGAUUUUUAAAAAUUCUUCAUGUGUGUCUGGUGGAAUUUGGAUGAUCAAUUCAGGAGGUUUAUGCUGCUUUUGUAAUUAUAGUGUUUAAAAAUAGCAAAAUCGUACUAUUUAUUAAUCAUGUACCACAAAUAGAGACAAUAAAACUCGGCAAUGAACAUCUAAUAUUCUUACCUCCAUAAAACUGGCCCAAAGUAUAUUUUGUUUACUGAGUUUUUUUUGCACACAUAAUAAAGCCUGUAAAAAAAAACAUACUCAUGCAUCAAAUUAUUAAUUUGCCAUUUCGACUCCAAUAUUGCAAAUAACUUUAAUUUGACUAUGCAAAUGUUGCUUUAAUUUUACAGUGAACAGUCCCUAAAAUAACUGAUACACAUGUAUUUUAAUUUGGCUUUUGUUAAUGCAUAUAAUGUUAUUGUCCUUGUCCUAUAGUGUGUUGUAUUUUGUUGGCUCCACACUGGUGCAUAUUUUGGUUAUGUACAGAUGCUCACUAUUUUUCAUUUCAGAACGUUAAUAUUUGCUCAUAACCAGCU